AUGCAAUCAGAAACCCAAAUUCUUGCUCCAGCGUUCACCCUUUUCCCAUCUCUUAAACCUCCAAACAAGACCCUAACUUUUCACCAAUUUACGGUCCUAGUCAUCACCUUUCUUGCCUAUGCUUCAUUUCAUGCCUCAAGAAAGCCACCAAGUAUUGUAAAAGGUGUGCUUGGACCCACAAUUCAAUUGAAUUCUUCUAUGAUUGAGUCUAAUUUAGCUUCUUUAAAUUCCAAUGAUACUGGUUGGGCUCCUUUUAAUGGCCCUGAAGGGACUCGCCGGCUCGGUGAGCUUGAUCUUGCAUUUUUGUCAGCAUAUUCAAUAGGAAUGUAUUUUGCAGGACAUUUUGGUGAUAGGAUUGAUUUAAGGUUGUUUCUUGUUUUUGGAAUGGUGGGUAGUGGUCUUUUGACGAUUAUUUUUGGGUUAGGUUAUUGGUUUAAUGUACAUUUUUUAGGAUAUUUUGUGGGUGUGCAGAUUUUGUGUGGAUUGUUUCAGUCUAUAGGGUGGCCUUGUGUGGUGGCAGUGGUUGGGAAUUGGUUUGGGAAAGCUAAGAGAGGGUUGAUAAUGGGGAUAUGGAAUUCGCACACAUCGGUAGGGAACAUUAUUGGGUCGAUUGUGGCAUCUGGGGUUUUGGAGUUUGGUUGGGGUUGGUCAUUUGUGGUGCCUGGAGUUUUGGUGAUUUUAGUUGGGGGUUUAGUGUUUUUGUUUCUUGUUGUUAAUCCUGAGGAUAUUGGAUUUGAGACUCCAGGGAAGGAGGUUGAAAUGGAUGUGGAGGUGAAUGGUUUGGCGAAUUCGGAGAAGGUGGAGUCAGAAGAAGCAGGGCUUCUAGGGGAGGAAAAUUUGGAUCCUACAGCAGCAAUAGCGUUCUUGGAGGCUUGGAGGUUACCGGGUGUGGCGCCAUUUGCUUUCUGCCUCUUCUUUUCUAAGCUAGUGGCUUACACUUUUCUAUAUUGGUUGCCCUUCUACAUAAGCCACACAGAUGUUGCAGGCGUGCAUUUGUCGCACAAAACUGCUGGAAUUCUUUCGACAGUAUUUGAUAUUGGAGGUGUCUUUGGUGGAGUUUUGGCGGGAUUUGUAUCUGAUAUGAUAGAAGCUCGUGCAGUAACUUCAAUUGUAUUCUUGCUGCUAUCAAUUCCAGCCCUUGUUCUGUACCGGGUUUAUGGAAGCCUGUCUAUGAUCCUCAACAAUGCUUUGAUGUUUCUUUCUGGGUUGCUUGUAAAUGGUCCAUACUCUCUAAUCACUACUGCCGUUGCAGCUGAUCUUGGCACUCAGGACUUGAUUAAAGGAAAUUCACGUGCCUUGGCUACUGUGACUGCGAUUAUAGAUGGCACUGGUUCUGUUGGGGCAGCUCUUGGCCCCCUUUUGGCAGGGUAUGUUUCCACAAGAGGAUGGAAUAGUGUCUUUCUUAUGCUUAUUGUUUCUAUAUUCCUUGCAAGUUUGUUCUUGAUUCGAGUUGCGAAAACUGAGAUUAAAGGGAUGCUGAAUGAUGCAAAAUGGCUUUCAAACAAUGCAACUACUUAG